CAGUUUGCCAAAACCACCAACCAGACCACUCUUUCCAGUCUCCACACCCAACUCGAAGCUCCAAACUGCUUGCGGUCUCUCAUGGCGACGGCGGCGGCGACCACAAGGCGGCCGAGCGGGCCCGUACUGUCAUCCGCGCACUACCGCUCCGCCUCGCCCACGAGCAUCAAGCUCGCCGGCGCUGGCGCCCGGUCACCGGGCCAGUCUGUCAGCGUUUCGUCUUCCUCCUCCGGCAGUGGCGCCAGGAGCCGGCGGACCUGCAUGUGCUCGCCGACGAACCACCCUGGCUCGUUCCGGUGCAGCCUCCACAAAGAACGCAAGGCCCCGGGCGGCUACAGCCACGGCCACAAGCCAUCAUCCCCGCCGUCCCCUCCGUCCCCGAGCAGGUCGAGCCCGACAGCCAGCCGGCUGGGCGCGAGCGCGAGGCGGAUGGGCAGUGCGCUGGUGCGGAUCGGCGCCGUGGAGUGCGGCGAGUGGGCGCGCCGGGCGCUCGCGGCGACGGUGCGGCCGUCGCCCGCGGCGCAGCAGUCGCAGCACCGGCGCCGCGUGGGCGGGUUCCGCCCCAGGCCGAGCCGCCUGUCCACCGUGUCCAUGGCCGGAGACCGCGCCAGCGACAACGACCAAUAGACGCCGACAUGUCAUAGAAAUAGUACUAGUAAAUAUGAAUUCCUAUAGCAUUUUCUUUUGCUGAAACGCUGAGAACCGGUGAAAUCGGUGAGGUUUAGGAGUUUUGGAUCCUAAAUUCCUAAUCGAUCGAUCCAGGAAGCUUUCUUGUGUACAUAGACUUCUGCGGAUGAGACCGUUCGUUGGUUUGGAUGGAUAAACAUGACUGAGCAAUGGAGACAUGUGAAUUGCCCCAACAGAGGAGGCCACCGAUGCUUCUGUCUAGAUCAGCCCCCUGUCCUUUCUGUUUGGGUUUGGAUAAGCUUGGGCUUGUUGGGUGCAGGUGACGUCUCGGCGGCCGUCGCGUCCGCCGUCAUGCCGCUCUUGCAGUCACGCGGCCCCCGUGCCCAGCAGAGUCGGCGGGCGGGCGGGCUGGCAGGGUGUGGAGGAGCCUUCCAUUCCGUGGGGUUUCGGCCCGAAGCUUCCCACGGAAAUACGGUGGGCGGCGCACAGCUCGCCUACCGUCACCUGCUUUCUCUUCUUUCUGUUGGUUAUGCAGAGCAAACACUAAACAGUUAUGUUUCUUCGCCACAAAUCAGUUUACGAUCGAGCACAUUGUAGUUAAGAUCUGUGCUGCUCGUCAGUUAGCUUUGGCAAGACCCAGGGGCCCUUACCGCCUGGAUUUCUUGAGCUCCAUUGAAGGUUAGAGGUGGUAGAGGAGUAAACAGAAGAAAAAAAAAAGG